CUGCGAAAGCAGUCACACUCGUGCCUUACACUUGAAAGAGGUACAUAAAAGCGGGUACUCGUAUUCAAAUUAUAUAGUUGCCGAAGAGUGAGUUAGAAGUAGAGAGUUUACCGUUGAAAGUGAGAUCAUUUAAAUUGAUACUUUAAAAUGGCGAACGAAAGGACUAUUUGCUGUUGUGGGGCUUCAUCGUGGACAAAAGUUAUUGCGUGGUUUCAAAUUGUUGGAAAUAUUAUUCUGCUUAUUGUUUAUGCAUUCGGUCUUGCUGGCCUGACAACUGUUAAUCCAGACCAGCUAGACAUUCCUAAUAAAGAUUCAAUGAUUGCAGCUGUAGCAAUUGCUCUAGUAAUAGCUGUCCUUGGAUUUAUAAUGGGCAUAAUCCUAUUAAAGGGUACAAAUCAAAAACGCAUCGGUUUCCUACGAGCAUGGUUAAUCUACGCUGGUGCUGCGAUUCUCACUUCAAUUGUUAGCUUGAUUAUAAACAUUAUAAGCUACAGCGACUACUCAAUCGGCUCAACGGUUGGAAGUGGCAUUGUGGGAAUUGCUAUAAAUGCGUUCUGUUUCGCCGUUGUCUUCAUUCAUAUAAAAGAAAUUCGUGAAGGUGUUUUUGCAGUGUAAAAAGUAACAAAUUAAAGUUUCGUGAAACCAAUUGGAUUAUUUUUUUAGUAAAAUUAUUAUUAAUACAUUUACA